AUGCCAUUACCUCAAGAUGCUAUUCUUGAUGCUCUCAAGCAAGUCCAAGAAGAAGCUCCCGACUCCACUGAAGAGCUACUUUUAAUGAUCAGAGAUAAAUUACUCGAAACAAGGGAUCAAUCAAAUAUUGUUCUACUUGCUCAAUUCAGUAAAUCCUUAUACACAACAAAGAAGUCCCAAUUGCUAAUCCCAGCACUUGAUUUGUAUCAAGCAGAGAAGCCACUAGAUGCUAAAAGUCAAAGACAGUUACAAUUGGAGACGUUGAUUAGUUAUUACAAGUAUACAUUUUUCAAUUUGGUGAAUAUUCUCAUUGAACAACCCACUGAAGCUAUAAAAUCACAAACUAAAUUAUUUGGUCUUGUAUACAACAACUUGAAUACAGAUGAGACGUUAGUAGAUGAGGAAUUGCUUUAUGCACUGUUGGCAAAGAAUGUUGAAGAUUUAUGCAGUGACAAAAGGGUUCCAAGUCGGGUUUCGAAUGAGGUUAGGGCCAUAGUCAAGAAUCAAAAUGCAUUUUUAACAAUAAAACAUCUUUCUGAAAACGCAGGUGUUAAUAGGUUUCCUGUAUCAUCUAUCAGAAGCAUGUUACAAGUGGAAGAUGUGACGGCGAUCUUUGCUGGCCAACAGUCGCUUAACUAUGAAAUUGUGAAUGAUGUGUUAAUUUUAACCAAAAGACCAAGGGAGUUAACAAUAGAUCAGAUGGUAAAGACUCAAUUGGAGACAACACGGUUGACACAACGACUCAGGGAUACAAUGUGA